AUGGAUCUAUUAAAUUUCCUGUUGGAGAACCUCAGUGGCAAACAUAUGACCUUAGGAGAUAAUUUAAAAGAACUUGGAAAAGCAAUGGCUGGAAUAGGAGGAACUGAUUCAGAAAGAAGUGGUGACUUGAAUUUCUUCAGCAUUGAGCAAGCCAAAGCAGUCAUCGAUUACUUGAAUAUCAGCUUAUUUAAACACUAUAAGCUAUAUGAAUACCUCUUCCACAGUCCUAGAGAAGAACUUGUGAUAAGUAAUGAGUAUGUGAUUGAACUUGCCCAACCUGCAGUUCCCCCCUUCCCUGCUCUGCUGGAAGAAGAUGUACCUUCGGAUAUCUAUUCGUCAUUCAUAGUAUCACCAACAGCUGCAGAGACAGAAUCUAAGGGGUCUGAUGAAGAGGGUUACCUGGAAGACCCCUGUCCAGAGGUAGAGUCCUUUGAGGCAGAUGCUGUGGCUGGCAUCGCUGCUGAAGAUCAGAAGUCCGCAGUGGGUGAAAUCCCAAAAGAAAUUAUUGGCAACCUUGAGGCAGAGAUAAAUGAAAAGCUGCAAAUGCAAGAAGAAGCUUAUACUUUGAGAACAGAAAAAUUAAAAAGUCCUAAAUAG